AUGCCUACGCCUACUUCGCCGUUGAGGUUUUUGCCCGGGCUCCCGCUUUCUGUGUAUUCUUGGGCCAUUCAACAGCUUUUCUUCCACGCAACCGGGCUUGCUCUCGAAUAUUGCGACCAUAGCGGCACACUUCGACGGUAUAGGGUUCGUCCCGUAAAUGAGAAGUCGUACCUUGGACUUUUACCGCGAGUGCUCUUCAACCAGUGUUUUAUUCUUCUGCCAAGUAUGGUGAUAGCAGAGGCGAUUGGAUUAUGUUUCACUGGCGAAAUAUCGCUCAACGUGGGGCGUUUCUUGUGCUCACUUCUGGUCAUGGCAGUCGGUCAUGAUUUCGUUCAGUACUCGACUCAUCGAUACUUACUACAUCAAUCCUCUGUUCCGCUCAUGCGUACACUUCGACACUCCGUUCACCAUUCCACGGGGGCCACUCGAGGCAUCAGUGCCUGCUACAUGUCAGCACCAGAUUUCUUUCUUACGAUUGUCCUACCAUACCUGCUCCCGCUCGCGAUUGUCGGAGGCGGCGGCUCUGAUAUCCUGUUCCACACGCUCGUUGCCGGGCUCGGCGCGUUAGGUGGAGUUUACGAACACUCAGGGUAUGAUUUUGGGACAGAACUGAGGCAGCCUCCGCCUCAAGGCCACGAUGGCAAGAGGUCACUCUGGAUGGUCGUGUCAAGCGUUGCCGCUGCCGCUUUGGACAAUCGCGCACAUAGCGAGCAUCAUAUUCGCGCAAACGUGUCUUUCUCCGACGGCUUUGGUAGUCCAGGAAUCUGUGACUGGAUGUUCGGAACCCGCUGGGACCUGGUUUCGAAGCGUCGCCGCGAUGCGGAGGUGGAAUGGCAGGCUCAGCAAAAGGCCGGCAAAUCUACCUAG